GUAGCCAUAUAGAAAAUAGUGGUAGAGGGUGGGAAAAGGUACGUGUAAGGAUCAAAACGGACCCAUACGGAGCGAUAUGGCUACCGGCAACAUAUCGGAUACUUCUUUGAAGUACUUUGAAGAAAAGAAGAUCAAAAUACUAUUGGAUGAGGCAUUCCAUGAUUUAUUGGUUGCGAUGCCGGAUGAUCCACUAAACUUUUUGUUGAAAACGUUUUCGAGGCCCACGGGACUCCGCCUUAUGAUUGCAGGGCUGUCUGGUAGCGAGAAAAGUGCCCAUUCCAAACUUUUGGCCAAAAAGUAUGGAGUUCGACAUAUCAGCGCGGGAGAUGUGUUGCGCAAAGCGAGCACCGACACAACCCGCAAGGGUCAGGAAAUCGCGUCUUAUUUGAAACGACAGGCUCUUGUACCCGAUAAGUUGUUUAUAGAUUUGAUUUUUGAUGAAAUACGCGCCGCAAAGGAAAACGGGAAUGGUUGGAUUCUAGAGGGAAUCCCACGAACCCGUUCCCAGGCCAUUUAUCUCCAGUCUGAAGGGAUAUUCCCUCAAAGGUUCUUCUAUCUGGAUGUUACGAAUGAGACUGCAGCGCUUCGUCUCGCAAAAAACCGCAAUAUCAACUCGCGUCCACCGUCUUCUUCGGAUGUACCGAACAUGGAUACGGCUUCUGAAUCGCCAGUUUUAGGGUUGAAUAAUUUCAAGUCCCAAUAUCAUGAAGUCAUCGAGUGCUAUGAAUCCUUUUUUGUUCGCAUUAAUGGUGAAAGACCCAUUGAAGAGGUCCAUGAGGAGCUGUGUGCUCAGGUGGACUCGGUUGGGUUGCCCCCAUAGAGAGAGAGAGGGCGCACGGACCGACUCACGAGCCUCCGCGGGCGACGCCCAUGGAUUGCGAAGAAACGCCCCGUGUUGGAUGUACAUAGUGUGUGAUGAUGCACCUGCGCGACAGGUGCUCUUUUGACGCCUCAGUGGUGUAAAUAGUUACCUUUCAGA